CGCGCCGCUCUUGGAGACGUCUCUUCCGGUGGCGCGCUCCAGGCUCUCGGGCUCCCUGCGGGCUGGUCUGCGCCACCCGGGGCCUGUCAGGUAGCAAUGAGUAUGAUUUGCUGGUGAUCGGCGGGGGUUCUGGCGGCCUGGCCUGCGCCAAAGAAGCUGCUGACCAUGGAAAGAAGGUGGCUAUCAUGGACUACGUGGUUCCUUCUCCCAGAGGCACCAGCUGGGGCCUGGGGGGCACGUGCGUGAACGUGGGCUGUAUCCCCAAGAAGCUCAUGCAUCAUGCGGCUCUUCUGGGAGGCGCCCUCGAAGACGCCCACCACUACGGCUGGGACGUAGCCCCCUCGGCGCCACAUAACUGGCAGCAGAUGGCCACAGCGGUUCAAAACCACGUCAAGUCACUGAACUGGGGCCACCGGGUGCAGCUGCAGGAGCGGAAUGUCAAAUAUUUUAAUAUCCAAGGCAGUUUUGUGGAUGACCACACGGUGCGGGGUUUCACCAAAGCAGGAAAAGAGACCCUGGUGACCGCCGAUUACAUCGUCCUCGCCACAGGAGGGAGGCCCAGGUACCCUGAUGACGUGGAAGGGGCUAUGGAGUAUGGGAUCACCAGUGAUGACCUCUUCUGGCUGAAGGAGUCUCCAGGAAAAACGUUGGUGGUUGGAGCCAGCUAUGUGUCCUUGGAGUGCGCGGGAUUCCUCACGGGCUUUGGCCUGGACGCCACCGUCAUGAUGAGAAGCAUCCCGCUGCGAGGCUUUGACCAGCAAAUGGCCCUGCUGGUGACCGACUACAUGGAGUCACACGGCACCAAGUUUUUGAAGCAUUGUACGAUGAAAAAAUUGGAGAAACUCGAGAACAAGCGCCUGCAAGUCACCUGGCACAACCACAAGGCAGGCAGAGAAGAGACGGACAUCUUUGACACGGUCAUGUGGGCCAUAGGUCGCGUUCCAGAAACCAGACGUCUGAAUUUGGAGAAGGUCGGAGUGACGCUUCACCCAGACUCGCAGAAGAUCCUGGUCGACGCCAGCGAAGCGACUUCAGUGGCGCAUAUAUACGCCAUCGGGGACAUCACAGAGGGACGUCCUGAGUUGACCCCCACGGCCAUAAUGGCAGGGAAGCUGCUGGCACGGCGUCUGUUUGGUCGCUCCACAGAGCUCAUGGACUACGACAACGUGGCCACCACAGUCUUCACUCCCCUGGAAUAUGGUUGUGUGGGAUUGUCGGAGGAAGAGGCGGAAAGACGCUACGGACAAGAAGGCAUUGAGGUUUAUCAUGCGUAUUAUAAGCCUCUGGAAUUUACUGUGGCUGAAAAAGACUCCUCUCAGUGUUACAUCAAAAUGGUGUGCUUGCGAGGGAGAGACCAGCGGAUUCUCGGCCUUCAUUUCCUCGGCCCCAACGCAGGUGAAGUUAUUCAAGGAUUUUCUCUUGGAAUAAAGUGCGGGGCCACGUAUUCUCAGAUGAAGAGGACAGUGGGCAUUCACCCAACCAGCGCUGAGGAGGUGACCAAGCUGUGGAUCACCAAGCGCUCGGGCUUGCCGGCCACCGUCACGGGCUGCUGAGGGUAAGCGCCCAUCCCUGUUUGAGCCCAGGAGCACCCAGCGUCCCUCCCCGUCAGCACUGCUACAGCUCCUCUGCCUCUGAGCCUCUCAGUCCACUCAUUUCAGCACCUGUGACGUCGUUCGAAGCCAUCACGCACCCCGGAACCCGUGCCCAGACGUGCCCAUGGAGUCUGCUGCCCAGAGUGUUUUUCCAGCCCUGAAACAUCCCCGUUACCCAGCCUACCUGCAUCUGUGAUGGCGGUGGGAACGGAAGCAGGACCUUUGUUUCAGCGGCGGAGAUGCUGGGCCCGCGCUAAGCUGCCUCCCGCAGGGUGAGCCAGCCUUCAGUUCUGUGCUUGUCCCCGAGGCCCAGGCUCUUGUGGGCACAGGGGCUAAGCCUCCUCUCAGCACCGGGGCGGGCCGGGGAGCUGCUUUUAACAGGAUUUCGAUGGACCUGUCUUCUUCUUAAGAACCUACUGUUUGUGACAGUCACGACACGUUCCUGCAGCAGAAUUACGAUUGUGUCUCGGUCCCAGAUGGAAUCCGGUGCUAAUGUAGCCGAGAUUUCUCUGAUCAAAGGAGGGAAGGCCAGGAGUGUUCCCCUUGUCUGUCUGCCCUGCUGCUUCCUGACAGAUUGCUGUGUGCUCCUUCAGGGAUGGCCCUUAGCUGGGAAACUGCCUGUCCCGCAUGGGAUGGAUUCCCCACAGCCUACGUUUGUGUCUGAAUGCCAGACCAUGACGACUUGUACAGAAACCCACCCAGUGGGCCGUGCGAGUCUGAGCUCCCCUGGUAUUUCUCGUGUGUGUGUGAGAGAGAAUCUGAAUUAACUAAUAAAUAAAGAAGAUAUUUUAUUCUCCA